AUGUGUGUGCUCUCUCUCUCUCUCUCUCUCUCUCUCUCUCUCUCUCUCUCUCUCUCUCUGUGUGUGUGUGUGUGCUUUACCGAGUUCAAGGACGUGGCCGUCAAGUUUCUUGGUACCAAGGUCGUGGAUGAGGAGGCAUCUGAGCAACAAUCCUGGGUCGCCGACUUUUUGCUUGAGAAGAGCCGCAAAAAGGAGGAUCGCCAAGGUUUCUCCAAAGACCUUCACCUCACCCUUGCUCCCAAGGACGGGGUCUUGCGGGCUGCGCCUCGGGGUGGAGGCCAAGCUCUGGCCAUCCCCCUUGCCGACAUUUCCAGCAUUGCCGUUAUUGGCGCCAAGUUUGCCUUUAUCGUCUCCAGUCAGCCAGUCCGCGGCCCACACUCGCCAAGACCCAGCAACCAUGGUCCCUCCACUUCUUCCCCGGCUAACACCAACAUUGCCUACGCCUUUCACUUCAAACGCAAGCCCGAUGCAUCCCCCUUUAUCAAUGCCCUCGAACGCGCCACCCGCCUUGACCCCAGCCAGACAGACAUUCAGACCUUUCACGGUCGCACCAUGUCCUUCACCAGCCAAGCGACGGCCAAUCCCGCUUCACCGCAACAGGCGCCGCGCUUGCAGCGCCAGCUUAGCGAAAUCGAACGCCGAGGUUCGGCACAAGCCCGCGCCACAGAGAGCACUGUAGCUGAGCUGCGCUCUCAGUUGGUCGAGGAGCGCCGCAAGGCUGCCAACAUGGAGAUUGGCAAGCUCACGGCCGAAGUGGCUCACGGUCAAGCCCAGAAGGAGCUCGAGCAAUGCAAGGGCCAAAUGGAACAGAUGAGAAAGCAAAUGGCCCUCACCGCUUCUGACCUGGCUGCCGAGUACAGUCAGCUCCAGGCGACCCGGGACACCAACGCUUUACUCGACGAGCUGGAGACGAUCAAAUUUGCUCUCCAAGCCAUGGACGAAAUUGCUGUCCAAUCUGCCCCGGGCAAGGUCCUUUCCCUGUGGGACCGCGUCGCUGCCCUGGCCGAGAGCACCACCGAUGGCACGCAGGACGAAAUUCAGGAGAAUAGUCUGGCUGAAAUCAACGGCGACGCACAGUCCAGCGCCAGCGCCAACGCCACAGACCCCGAUUCACCCGCCAAACCGCGCAUGUCUACCGCCAGCGGAGCCCCUGCCCACCGACGCCGCUCUUCCAAGCGAUCGGAGGAUACGGCGGCAUCCUCGGCCAGCUUGCGCCUGAUGCACAUGAUUGAGACGGCCUCGUCUGCCGCCCUGAAUGCCGAUGCGCCCACGAACAACAGCCAACGCGAUCUAUCUCAACGCGCCCUAUCAGAGCUCUCUGUACCCGAACUCGUGGCGCUUGUGCAAGACUUUGCUCGCCAGCUCGAUGCUACACAGCGUCAUGCCACUCAUCAAGAAUCACUGGUGCAGUCUCUCGAGGCGCAGUUGCGUGCCAGUCGCCGCGAGCUCAGCACCGUCAAGGCCGAGGUUGAGGCCGAGCGUGAAGGUUACGAAGUCGAGAAGCAGCUCAUGGCUGAUACCAUUGCCAACCUGCGGGGCCGUUCUCGUGAAAAUGGACUUGAACUGCGCUCUGAUUCCAUGUCGGGUUCGGUGGUUCGGCGUGCCUCAGGCCUUUCCAACCACGCCAACAUGGAGACUAUGGACGUGGUCAAUGAAGUUACCCUGAAACCGGCGCAAGCCACUCACAGUGUCCCCGUGGUUGACGCGCCCCGAUCAUCCACUGAAGUUCAUGCAACAACUCAGCAACAGGUCAGUUCCAAUGUCAUCGAGGACAGUACACCCACCCUGGUCGCUCAGUCGGCAUCGGCCGACCUGACUACCUUUACAGUGGUGCUGCACAAGAACGGCCAGCGCCUCGGGAUCAGCGUAGCUGGCGGCGUGGACGAGCCCACGGAUGGCACCGACACGCGCCUCUACAUUACCGAGGUUAUCGACGGAGGGGUGGCGGCCAGUGACGGUCGCUUGCAGGCUGGCGACUCCAUCCUUGCUGUGCAAGGCGCCUCCACGGAGGACAUUACGCACGCUCGCGCCGUCGAGCUCCUAUCCAACGCCGGUGAUCCCAUCACCUUGCUGAUUGGGCGACAGGCCGCAGUCGAGGCCGGUGCCCCCACUACUGCGCGCCCUGAAGCCGAACACGACCAAGCACAGCAACCUCAACUCCUGGAAAUCGCCUUUCCCAAGGGCCCUUCUGGCCUCGGCUUUAGCAUUGCAGGCGGAACCGAUAUCCCCAUUGAGGAGGAUGAUGUUGCCGUUUACGUCACGGCCGUGUUGGAAAAUGGGUCGGCAGCUGCUGAUGGGCGCCUGCAAAUGGGCGACAAGCUCAUUUCGGUCAACGGUCAUUCCAUGUGGAACAUCACCCAUGGCGAAGCCGUGCGCAUCCUCCAAGGCGUCACAGAGCGCUGCGAGCUGGUGGUUGAGCGUGGCCUCGACGACGAUGAUUCCGUUUCGCCAGACAGUUGGCAGCUUGUUCAUGUCACGCUGGCGCGGGGUCCCGAAGGCUUUGGCUUCAGCAUUGCCGGAGGCACCGAGGAUCCCGUCAUGGAGGGUGAUGUCGGGCUCUACGUCAGCUCCCUCGUGGAAAAUGGGGCAGCCGCUGCCGACGGUCGGUUGCAGCAAGGUGAUCGCCUGUUGAAGAUCAACGGCGUUGACGUGGAGGCGGUUCCCCGUCAGGUGGCUGUGGAUGCGCUGCGCCUCAACAUGGCCAGCGCUGACCUCGUCUUGCUGCGCAAUGCGGCACUCGAGGAGGUCGUGGAGAUUGAAUUUGCCAAGGGCCCCGGCGGUCUCGGCUUUAGCAUUGCCGGUGGCCUCGACGACCCCUCGGACCCUUCGGACCCCGGCAUUUACGUCAUUCAGGUGAUUCCGGGUGGUUCGGCUGAUCGUGAUGGCCGUCUUCGUCGUGGUGACAAGAUCUUGGACGUGAAUGGUCAAGAUUUGGAAAAUGUGACACACGAGCAAGCUGUCCACGUGCUUCAAUCGUGUGGCGCCAGCAUCAAGAUGGUGGUGUCGCGCAUGACGGACGACAUAGCGUCUCAACAAGAUAUGGAGGAGAACAUUCUCGUCAUCACUCUGGACAAGUCGCCAGAGAAGGGCCUCGGUUUUUUCAUCGCCGGUGGCACGGACGAUUGCAUCGAGCCGGGAGACGAGGGCAUUUAUAUCAGCGACAUCACCGUGGACGGUCCUGCUGGCAUUGAUGGGCGCAUUCAGUUUGGCGACCAGUUGCUGGAAGUGAACGGUCGUAGCCUAACAGGCCUGACCCAUGGCGAGGUGGUGGAUGUGCUGCGCGCGUGUGCCGGCAGCGUGACGCUCAAGUUGGCUCGUCUGCCAGCCAACGACGAGGCCCCCGAGCAGCUUCUGCAAAUUGACCUGGAAACCAACUUCCAGGGCCUCGGCUUUAGCAUCGUGGGUGGCGUGGACCAGCCGGUUGAGGAAGGUGAUGACGGUGUGUACAUCACCUCAAUUUUGGACGACGGCACAGCUCAGAAGGAUGGUCGUCUCCAGCUCGGGGACAAGAUUGUGGAGGUGAAUGGACAUGAGCUGAGUGGACUUCAGCACCAUGAAAUCGUCAAUCUCCUGCAGGCUUCUGGCAACGUCUGCCACCUUACCGUCAGUCGCGUCGUCGAGAGCGUUGAGGUGGCAUAGAUUGCUUCGCUGCGAAUGCGCUCCCGUUGGGAGUGCUUGCUUGUCUUCUCCUUUGUGCGCGCGCUAUGGUUGGUCAUGCUGUUUGCAACGCGUUCUUGUGCCGUUUCCAAUCCCCAAACCCUUUCUU